AUGGCUUCAACUUUGUAUGAAGAUUUGUCUUGCUCUAUUUGUCUGACUAUCUUCACUGAUCUGGUAAUCCUUAUCUGCGGCCACUCUUUCUGCAGAGAAUGCAUUACACUGUCUAUGAGUUCACAGCACCAGUGUCCACAGUGCCGGGCAGCGGUUCCAACAGAAGGGAAAAAUCUUCUAACCAAUCACAUUUUAAAAAGUCUGUCUGAAAAAGCGAAAGAAGCUGAGAAGCUAAAGAAAGAAUAUGGAAAUGACAAAAGAGGUACGUUUUGGUUGUGCCCUGAACACGAAGAAAAGCUGAAAUUAUUCUGCAUCACUGAGCAAAGGUUAACUUGUGUCAUAUGCCGAGAUGGGGAGAAGCAUGAAGGACACAAGUUUAAACCAAUCAAAGAAGCAGCUGCAUCUCUGAGACAAGAGCUGGAGACAUUUGUGCAACUUGCUUCUGAUGAUAUCCAUGUGAUAGAAAGCCAAGCCAACACACAGAGGGAAGAAAUAACAAAAACCAAAGAGAAGUCUCAGCAGCUGGAGACACAAAUCUGCAAACAGUUUGAGGAGAUGCACCAGUUUCUGAGGAAGAGAGAGGAUGAGAUUAAGAAUGAGCUGAAACACAAAGAGGAAGAUGACGUUGCAAAAAUGAGUGGGAGCUUAAAUGUGAUAGAAACAGCUUUGUCUGAGAGCAGAGAACUGCGGGGAAAGGUGACAUCAGUUCUAAAAAUUGAAGACUCAGGGAGAUUUUUAAAGAGCUUGACUGAAGGUAACAACAUCGUGGCUGCAAAGAGCUCGUUUAGGCCCAGAGGAAAUGAUCUCCAAGUGGUGAAUGAUUCUCUCUCUUUGGGGCCUUAUGAAAGCCACCUGCAGUUCUUUAUGUGGAAGGAGAUGCUUCAGGUGAUCCAGCCCAGAGCAGAGCUGCUGUCACUCAGAAAUUCUCUAACAUUUGCAGCCAGACCUCGAAAAAUUGGGAUUUACCUGAACUGCUCCUCUAAAGAGCUCUCCUUCUAUGACGCAGACAACAUGACACACAUUCACACUGUGAGCUCUAGUGAUAUGUCCAUGCCAGUGUCAGCAUAUUUUAAUGUUGAUUACAAUGAUCAAGUUCAUACCCCUCUGACAGUGUGCUGGUACUGA